CGGAAGUGAAGCGUCGUUUUUCCUCCAGUCCAAAGCUCAGUUGGAGGUCUGCGCCGGUGAGUGUCUCGUUGGCCCGUCUUUUCCCACAAGGACCUGGACGGAAGUGCUGCCAUGGUUUGCAUUCCCUGCAUCGUCAUCCCAGUCCUGCUGUGGGUCUACAAAAGGUUCCUGGAGCCCUAUCUGUACCCCAUCAUCUCUCCUUUCGUGAAGCGCCUGUGGCCCAAGAAAGCCGUGGCAGGAGCAGCGAAGCAAGACCAGAAGGUCAGCUCUGGAGGCGGACAGGAGCCACUGGCCACGUAUGACUCUUCCACGGACGUGGCUGACCUUUCUAAAACCAAAAGCAAUGGGGUUGCAAACGGGUGUGCCGGAAACGAGCCUGCUGAGGUGUCUGACAAAAAGACGGAUUAAAGGAGCGUGUGCCGUGGGGUGCAAAUGGUCACUGCUCCCACUUGAGAAAAAACGUCGUUGGACUUGGAGCGGAAUAGAAACUUAAGACACUCUCAACACCCACACCCUUUGGGAGACUUAGCAAAAUUCUGUCUAGGUAGCUGGGAAAAUACAGUUCGAAUAUAUAUCGCUCUGUUUCUCUUGACAUUCCUUUUGCUGGAAUUUUCUCCAGUUGGUGCAGUGGGCGGGGAAGAGGUUUUAAGGUCAAGGCUUUAUUAACUGCUGUGUUUUGUCAAGCUUGCUGUUUAUUUAUUUCACAAACUCCCCUGAAACGAGGGUUUCCAGGU